AUGGCUUCAAGACGGGUACUUCGUUCACCGCAACCGCUCUUGCUCUAUGGCAGCCCCUCUGUUCCAAACGCCCACGUCAAACUUCCAAGCGCGGGGCUUAUGACCGAUCACCCCAGCCCUUACCGACGUCUCCCGCUACCUUCAUUGCCAUUCGCAGGGCAUGAUAGAAUCACGUCUAUCUUCCCCCUGCGGAAGCAUCCAGAACCCGACCUACCGAGCCUGGAAACUCCCGAUACAACCCUCGUUCGCAUCCCCAAUCGUUCUCCUUCUCAAGCUGCCCCGGAGGAGUCAAGUCAAAGGAAAAAGAGUUCAAGAUUGGAUCUUUCUGUUUAUGCAUUGACAACUUCCUCUCGUUCUUACCUCACGCUUAAGGAUGAACUUGUUCGCCCUCUGAACACCGACGAUGCGGCUAUCAAAGAGUCGUAUGACGCCACAACGAUUGCUCGCGACGUUUUGAUUGCAGCAAACCAGCAUCCAACUGAAAGGGGAUUGAAUCAGCACCUAGUCGUCCUGCAGAAGAACUUUCCAGCAGUGAACUUCUCUUCGGACCUGGAAACCUUUCGCUGGGAUAUUAUUGACCCCGAGCCCAUCAUGCCCAACCCCUCAAUUUCGAAUAUGACUACCAACGCUUGCCCUCAUGGCUCGGAGACUUCAAUGGAAGGACGCUCCAGCUCGAGACCGCUUCAUUCUUCUGAGACCGAGUCAAUUCGAUCUACAAGCCCUGGUGCCACGGACACCAACCCAUACAAACCGGGUCACGAAACCAUCCAGUGGCCGACCAGCUUGCAAACCCUCAAAGCCAGUCUCUUCAUCUAA